GGCGCCGAUCCGCGCUGGGAAAUGCAAUGGGCGAUGGCGGCGGGGGUCCUGCGCCGCGCCGCCGCACGGACGCGGACAAUGGCGUCCGACACUCCGCUGGCCAACGCCAUGCGGCUCCGCAACCAGCUGCAGAGCGUCUACAAGCUCGACCCGCUGCGCAACGAGGAGGAGGUGAACGUGAAAAUUAAGGAGCUGAACGAACACAUCGUGUGUAUACUCUGCGCCGGGUACUUCGUGGAUGCCACCACCAUAACAGAAUGUCUGCACACGUUCUGCAAGAGCUGCAUUGUGAAAUAUCUGCAGACAAGCAAGCACUGCCCCAUGUGCAACAUCAAGAUCCACGAGACACAGCCCCUUCUUAACCUCAAGCUGGACCGGGUGAUGCAGGAGAUCGUGUACAAGCUGGUACCCGGCCUGCAGAACGAUGAGGAACGCCGCAUCAGGGAAUUUUAUCAGUCGAGGGGACUUGAUCGGGUCGUUCAGGCUGAAGAGAGCACGGCUGCGGAGCAGACGUCCCUGCAGAGUCUCCCCUUCGACCUCUCCAAGGCGCACUACUACUGCUACGACGAGCUGGUGCGGCUGUGCCUGGAGCGACACAGCUCGAGGCAGGGGGCGGAGGGCAAAGAGCCACCGGUGCCGGUGCUGAAGCAAAAGUUUGUGCGGUGUUCGGUGCGCACGACCGUGUCACAGCUGAGGCAGGUCCUCUCCAAGAAGCUGGGCAUCUGCCCCCCGUCCCAGGUAUUUGUACAUUUUGAGGAGGAGUCACUUUUGGACGACACGACACUGAAGGAAGUUUGGUUGACGUACUGGUAUCAAAAGGCAAGUCAACGCUUAAAUGAAGCAUUACAUAUUUGUGCUGAAGCUCAACGUUGAAAGUGUAACAUGCAACGCAUUUAAGUCACGCGCCUUUUCGCUUCUCUUUUUCAGCCAGCACCAUUGCUCUUGUACUACAGUAUUUCGGAAGGCCCCGUCAGCUGAUGACUGCUUCGUAUUCAAGACAAAAUUGUUGACCAGGGACUAAGUAUUUCUUCACGACAUGGUAGUCGUUAGAGCACUGAAGUGCCCUGUUUGCUUCCCAAAAAAGAAUAUUUAUUCGACAUUAAUUAUUGCUGCGUAUUUGUGUGAUUCUACAGCAUACAGGUCGUGUGUUGUUUUUGGUGAGUUAUAAAGCAUCCAAAUUCAAAUCCUUGGCUAGAUCGGUUUGGCACAAAAGCGAUGCUGUUGCUUACUCGCACACAAGCCCCCUGUAAUCUGUACACGGGUACUAUGGUCACAUGACAUUGAAAUGUAAAUAGCCAGCCUUGGUAGUUGCACAUCUGACAUUUCUCUCUGGAAGGAAAUUGUAUAUUUAAGUGCUGUAUUAUAAUUCCAAAUGGUAUUUUUAUGUAUAUUUUUGUAAGUUAUAGAUAUGUAUCAAUGAAAGGUUCCAGGUUCUACUACAUGUACUACAGUCUUAACUCAAGACUAACAUUGUAAAGUUAUAAUUCUGAGCCAAAAUAUGUUAAACUCCCAACAUGUGGAAGAGUAAAAACAGAAUAAGGGUAUAAAUGGUCUUAAAUUCAGUAUUACAUAUGCAUCGGCUAACUGAAGCCAUGUGAUAACACUGGUUGAAUUGCCUUGUCAACUAAACAAGCGGUAUCUUAUACUGUCCAUUUUUGUAAAUUCAAAUAUAUAUUUUAGUGUUAAUAUAAUUGUUUUGCUAUAGUAAUA